CGCUUGCGUGAAUGUUUUUGAAGGCCCGUGACUAGCCAAUGUGCUAAUCCAACAUUCGGGACGUUAGAAAGAUUUUCACAAUAAAUAACCUUCUGGGAGCUAUUUUUAUCGCUUUUUACGACACCUAUCUCUGGGUUGGUCUGAUUCACACCCAGAAUGUCCUUCCCCCCUCACUUAAACCGGCCUCUGUUGCCGCCUCCUGGGAUGCCCCCUCAGUUUGCUGGCUUCACCUCAGGAACUCCCAUGAUCCCAGUUCACGUCGGCAUCAUGACCCCCACCUCUGCAGUAAUGAUGCCCUCGGCACAAGUGAUCAGUAAACCUCCAAUCCAUAAAAAGGAAGUGCUGCGAGUCAAAGACAACGAUAGCAGCGGCCCCACUACCACAGUAUUUGUGGGGAACAUAUCAGAGAAAGCCUCAGACAUGUUGAUCAGACAGCUGCUUGCGAAAUGUGGAAUUGUUCUGAGCUGGAAGAGAGUCCAAGGAGCCUCUGGCAAGCUUCAAGCCUUUGGGUUUUGCGAGUACAAGGAGCCAGAGUCCACAUUGCGAGCACUGCGACUGCUUCAUGAUCUGCAGAUCGGAGACAAAAAUCUGUUGGUGAAGGUGGAUGCCAAGACUAAAGCUCAGCUGGACGAGUGGAAGGCCAAAAAAAAGGCUGCUAAUGGGAACAAGAAGUCUGAAGAUGGAGGAGAUGACGAGGAAGAGGUUCUAGACGAGGAGACAAAGAAGAAGGAUCAGAUUGUCAAAGGUGCUAUCGAUGGAUUGAUGCGGGAAUAUGCUGCCGAACUCAAUGCGCCUUCACAGGAUGAAGAUUCUCAGCGACGAAAGAGAAAAAAGGAGAAAAAAGAAGAGGAUGACAUUAACACUAUUGAUAUGGAGGAGGACAAGAGAGACCUGAUUUCCAGAGAAAUUAGUAAAUUUCGAGACACUCACAAGAAACUAGAAGAAGAGAAGGACAAGAGGGAGAAGGAGCGGCUGGAGUUUGAGCGGGAGCGGAGGGAGCGGGAAAAGGAGCGAGAGCGGGAAAGAGAGCGGCGGGACCGCGAGAGGGAGAAGGAGCGAGAGAGGGAACGGGAGAGGGAAAGGGAGCGAGAACGGGAGAGAGACCGAGACAAAGAUCGAGACCGCAGGACCAGAGAGCGAGAGCGUGAAAGAGACUGGGAGAGGGAAAGAAGCCGUGAAAGGAGCCCCGAACGCAGCCGAUCCAGGGAGGUGAGUCGAGACCGAGACAGAGAAAAGAAACGAGACCAAGAGGAUGAAGAGGAGGCGUAUGAGCGCAGGAAGCUGGAGAGGAAACUCCGAGACAAGGAAGCAGCCUAUCAGGAGCGUCUAAAAAACUGGGAGCUCAGGGAGAGGAAGAAGGCGCGGGAUUACGCCAAGGAGGCCGAGAGGGAAGACGAGCGCCGAAGAGAAAUGGUGAAAGAGGGCAAACGGUUGAAAGAGUUUCUUGAAGACUAUGAUGAUGACAGAGAUGACCCCAAAUACUACAGGGGCAGUGCGCUGCAGAAGCGUCUCAGAGACCGAGAGAAGGAGAUGGAGGCGGACGAGCGUGACAGGAAGAGAGAGAAGGAGGAGCUGGAGGAGAUCAGACAGAGGCUGCUAGACGAGGGACAUCCAAACCCAGACGCAGAGCUGCGCAGGAUGGAGGAGGAAGAGGAGGAGCGUCUGAGACAGCCUCCCAUCAUCCAAGAGCCGGAGCCCGAGGAGGAACGGGAACGCCACAGGGGCUCACGAGACCACCGGGAACGCCGACACGAACAGGAAAGAGUAGAACCCCGCACACGGCCCGCCCACUCAGACGACGAGGUGGAGGAGGGCGAGGAAGAAGAUUUUGAUAACGACGAAGAUAACCCUGAUGUAAAACCGUGCUUGAAGCCCACAAUGCGGCCCAUCACAGCAGCACCCUCGGUGUCAUCGGCCAGUGGCAACGCGUCUCCCAACACACCUGGGGACGAGUCACCCUGCGGCAUCAUCAUCCCCCACGAGAACUCGCCCCCUGAGGCGCUGCCACAGGAGGAACACCGGCCGAAGAUCGGCCUCAGCCUCAAACUGGGUGCCUCGGGGAGCCCCAGUCAGCCUAACGCAGGUAAGAGGAAGAAGCUGCCGGUGGACAGCGUCUUCGACAAGUUCGACGACGAAGAGACAGACGAACAGCCUCGCAAGAGGAAGCUGGUGCCCCUGGAUUAUGACGACGACAAGAGCCUCGGGGUGGACGGGGCCGGGCUCUCCAGCAUAAAAGGAGCCAACACGGAGGAGAAACGCAAACACAUCAAGACCCUGAUAGAAAAGAUUCCCACAGCAAAGCCUGAGCUGUUCUCCUACCCACUGGACUGGUCUAUGGUCGACACGACGUUAAUGGAACGACGCGUUCGGCCCUGGAUUAAUAAAAAGAUUAUUGAGUACAUUGGAGAAGAGGAAGCGACAUUAGUGGACUUUGUCUGCUCCAAGGUGAUGGCUCACAGUAUGCCACAGAGUAUCUUAGAUGAUGUUGCUAUGGUCCUUGAUGAAGAGGCUGAGGUGUUCAUCGUGAAGAUGUGGAGGUUACUCAUUUACGAAACUGAAGCUAAGAAGAUUGGACUGGUGAAAUAAGCAAAACAACCACUGAAUGAAGAUCAACUGUUUUUUUUGUUUCGUUUUUCUUUUCAUACAUUGUGUAUAAUAGUGUAGCGCAAUUAUGUCAUCCCAAACCGAGCGACAUGUCCGUACCUGUACAGACAGUAACUGCAGAUUCUGCCCAUUUCUCACACUUGCACCAGUUGUUCAGGUCAUGUAGUUUGUUUUUUCCCUCCUCUCUGUUUGCAGGUGCUGACUGUGUCGGUGUGCUUUCGUGUAAAUAAUACAGUACCUCAUUAUCUGACUAUAAUGAAAUAAUUCUGAGAGGAAACUGCUGACAGGCACUCAGGACCAUUGUUGCGUUGCCAGAUAAGGUCUCUUGGUCCUAUAAUUUUAUUUCUAUACAUGCCAACACACUUUGUGGGAAGACUUGUCUGCAGGAUUGUCAUGAGCAAUCUUUUUUUUUCUCUAAUGUGUGAAAUCUGGCUUGCAGUUGAAUGUGGGUCAGUUAAAUGGACUUUAGAAUAUGCAUAACUACAACAAGGAUGUGAAUCUUUUUUACAGGGUUAUUUAUUCAGGGUUUUGAACACAAUUCCAAUUUCUAGGAAACAGAUUUUUUUUUCACUCUUCAUUUUUCCUUAUCACAUUCCUGAUAAAUGUGUUGGCAUGUUCUUGUCCACAGACCAUCUCAUAAAGUACAAAUUGGUCAUUUGAAAUGUGUCAACUGACAAGACCCGCAUCUCGGGUGGCAACAUCCCUGCAGCUGUAAAAGCACAUACACACACUCAUCAUAACCACUAUAGGAAAAUGAGCUGAGAACGGGAAAAACAUGAUUUAAAGUUGUGAAGAUGCUCUCCAUUUGUUUUUGUAUUGGUGAACAUUUGAAUAAAAUUGAUUUUUUUUAAAUAACA